AUUACAUACAACAUAAAAAUGCAGUGAACCCCAGUUCAAUUCAAUCUUCAUACAAUACUCUCAAGUCCACAGAGUUUAGUUCUUCGAUUGCCCAACGAAAAACAAAAACAAAAAGCCACCGCAGUAGGCCAUACAGAUACUUAGUGCACAAUAAAAAAUCAUUCUUUUGUGCCAACUUGAGGUCCCAUUAUCCUGAACUUCAUUGAUGGUCACUAUAAUUUUCACCAAACCCUUUAUAAUAAUGUUGAUCCCUUCAUCGUCAACCUCCUCUUUUCACGUGGGGUUUACUUAUAAUCAGCAUAGUUGGUGUACCAGUUGGCGUUUAUUGAGUCAACAAUUUUUGCUCGCAGUUUGCGCACAUCUUAGCCGGGCAAAGUGUACAGCCGGAGUUCGGAGCGUUUGAGGUUUUGAUUAAAAUUCGGUCUUCUCUUUAACUGUGAGAUGGGUAAAUUUGGUUUAUGUUUGCUGCUAGCUUUGUCCCUGUUGAUGCUUCCUCUGCUGCUACCUUUUUCAUUUUCUUGGUUUACUUCGACAAGCAGAUUCAAGCUUAUAGAUAGACUGUUGAGAUUCAGAAGUCAAUAUUUUGUCCAGCCAAUUCGUUUCUUGUCUGGAAGAGAGGUAAGGAGCAUAAUGGAAAAAUCGUCAAUAUUAUCGGAGACAAAAGACGAUUCCACCCCUUGGGUCCCGCUUGUCGAGGAGUUCACAUUUCCUGCAAACUCGGCCCCCUUCAACAGCUGUCAUGCCUCGACAAUUGUAGAGGUGGUUGAUAAAGAUCAUUUCAUGGUCGCUUAUUUUGGCGGUACUGCAGAAGGUGCAUCCGACGUGAAAAUCUGGAUACAGUCUUACAAGGAUGGCAAUUGGCACCCUCCAAUGAUUGUUGACCAACAAUCGAACGUUCCAAUGUGGAAUCCGGUGCUAUUUAAACAUCCUUCAAACGUGUUGCUAAUAUUCUAUAAAAUUGGUCAAGAAGUUCAAAAAUGGAGUGGGUGUAUGAAACGAUCUUACGAUGGUGGGGCCACUUGGUCCGAGAGAAAACAGCUUCCUCCCGGCAUAUUGGGACCAAUAAAGAACAAGCCCAUCUUGCUAGAAAACGGGCACUUGCUCUGUGGAUCUUCUGUCGAGAGCUGGAAUUCUUGGGGUGCAUGGAUGGAGAUAACUAAGGAUUUAGGUAAGUCGUGGAAAAAAUAUGGGCCGAUAUAUGUUCCAAACAGAACUCUGAGCGUUAUCCAGCCUGUUCCUUACAAGACCGCUAAAGGUAGUUUGCGUGUUCUCUUGAGAUCUUUUAAUGGCAUCAACAGAAUUUGCAUGUCAGAGUCCAAAGACGGCGGUCACACCUGGGAAUACGCUAAGCCAACCGAACUACCAAAUCCAAAUUCAGGAAUUGAUGGGGUGAAGUUAGCCGAUGGUCGUUUGGUACUUGCUUAUAAUACAAUCUCGCGUGGCGUGCUAAAAGUCGGGGUUUCGGUGGAUGACGGUGAUUCUUGGAGUGAUGUCAUCACAUUAGAGGAAACUGAGGGAAUGGAGUUUUCUUAUCCUGCUGUUAUUCAAGCUAGUGAUGGAUUAGUUCACAUCACUUACACUUAUAAGAGGACACAAAUCAAGCACGUCGUCCUUCGACCGAAUUGAUUAUAAAUGGAGACUGUGGAGUAUGUUUGAGGACUCACUCAGAUGUGAGGCAGAAAAAGGUUAUUUUCAACACAGGAAAAAUAAAAAUUGGAAGGAGACGAGCCGUGUAUUUCGGGGGUGCAUUUUGUUCCUGGCCAAGUAAAAGUACUUUUUAAGCAUUAAAUGAAGCUUUUUUUAUUUUCAAUGUAUUUGUUUAUAUUUGAGUAUUUUAAUGCAUUACUUUCAUUUUAAUGUGUGAUUGAAAUUUGAAUGCUAUCAAUCGUAAUAUUUUAUGUAACAUUCAACAACAGAAUUUCUCUAAAGAAAUGGAGAAGAAGUGCAUGAAAAAGGUAAUUAGUGGCCAGUGUCAUAAAUGUGUUUGAACUUUAUACAUUUCUUUGAUAAUGUUCGUAAUUAGUGAAUAAUUAUUUUGGUG